AUGUAUAACCCUUUGAUCUAUUGUUAUCCGGGAGCUGGAAAAGAUGCUGUGUGGUUAAGCUAUUGGCCCAUUGGGAACAUAUUAGACGCUGGUGAUGAAAUCAAUGUGUCCAUCGUUGUGGGGGAUGGAUUUAUGGUAAGCAGCUGUGGUGUGAGCCUUGAUUUCAUAGAUGAUGGUGAAGAAGAGCUAGAAUACUACAAAAAUUACAAGAAAGAGGAAGAAGUUAUUGGAGGAGAUCUAUCUGAAUUUGAGCUCACUACAGGAGCCUACUAUCUUUGUCGUCGCGAUUUCUUCAAGACAACCACCCCUGAUUGGUUAAGGAUGCUAGUUGGUGAUACCAUUCCCCAUAAAGGUAAGUUCCCCUUUGAGCUGAUGCUUUUUAUUAAGAUUAAGCUGCAAAUACUGAUACAAUCUUACAUCACACUAUCAUAG